AUGACGAGACCAGAACUUCAAGAAUUGGCUUCUCAAAACUCCAAUAUUCAUAUUGUGGAAAUUGAUUUACGCAACUAUAAUUCUUACGACAAUUUAAUCAAACAAAUCGAAGACGUUACCCAGGACAAAGGUCUCAAUGUUCUCUUUAACAAUGCUGGCAUUUCUCCACGUUCCACCAGAAUUAAUCUAACCAAAGUCGAGGAUUUAAUGAAUACUUUUGAGACUAAUACUGUCGUACCCAUUAUGUUGGCUAAAGCCUGUUUGCCUCUAUUAAAAAAAGCCUCAAAAGCUCAAGAAAAUUUAGAUUUCAGUGUUAAUCGUGCUGCUAUUAUUAAUAUGAGUUCAGUUUUGGGUUCAAUCGAUUCGAACGUCGAAGGUGGCCUCUAUGCUUAUCGUACUUCUAAAUCGGCUCUUAAUGCUGCCACCAAAUCAUUGAGUAUUGAUUUAUAUGCUAAUAAAAUAUUGUGUGUGGCAUUGCAUCCCGGUUGGGUGCGUACCGAUAUGGGUGGUUCAAAUGCUCCAUUGGAUGUAGAGCCAACUACGGCGGAAAUUAUAGAAACUGUUAUGAAAUUUGGUGCAAAACAUAAUGGUGGUUUCUAUCAAUAUAAUGGUGAACAAUUGCCUUGGUAAAAGGAAAAUUUUAUUUGAUCUAAAGGAUUAAUCUUGCUUCUAUCUUGUAAUACUUUUUACUUUUAACAAGUUUGUUUUUAAAGUAAUAAAGUGAUAAUUUUUCUUUAUUUUUUUGUAAUAAAUUACCGAUUACUGGAAGUAUAUAUAAUAGGAUUUUUGUAGAUUUAAUAUAAAUAAAGUAUAAAGUUUUG